AUGAAAUAGGAUUUUCAUCAUAAGACUAUAAAGGCCUUCACAAUGAUAAUUUUUCUGGUAACUUUAAGUAAUAUCUAAAAUUUGAUAGCUUUAGUGGCCACAACAGAUUUUUAAGAUGAAAAUUAAAAUGAAUUCACAUAAAAACUAAUAUAUGAUAUGUGA